AUGACCACCCAAUCCCCAACCAUCUGGCACGGCGACGGCCGCGAACAAGCCCUCCAAGCCCACAUCCUCCACCACCCGAACGCCGCCCAGCUCCGCAACCACCCGGCCGCCAUCCUGACCGAGAUCGACCACUGGGCCACCGCCCACAACCACUGCAUGAUGACCAUCGGCCCCGAGCGCAGCCAGCCCAUCGUCGAGCUCAUCCGCUCCUCCUCCCCGAGCGUCAUGGUCGAGCUAGGCGGUUACAUCGGCUACUCGGCCAUCCAGUUCGCCGACGAGCUGCGCCGCGCCACCCCCGCCGGCACCCAUGCGCCGCGGUACUACAGCCUCGAGUGCAACGCCGCGUACGCGGCGGUGGCGCAAUCGCUCCUCGAGUUCGCGGGGCUGGGGGAUGUGGUGCGGGUGCUUGUGGGCGAGGCGGCGGCGUCGUUGGCCCACGUGGCGCGGGCACUCGAGGCAGAAAACGCGGCGGUGGAUCUGCUUUUUGUGGACCAUUGGGGCGAUCGGUAUCUGCCGGAUUUGCUGGUCGCGGAGAGACUGGGUCUGCUGCGGGCGGGCGCGCUGGUGGUGGCGGACAACGUGGGGAUGGAGGGGGCAAAGGCGUAUGCGCGGUGGAUGGAGGAGGGGGUGCAUGAGGUGGAGGGAAGGGUGCUGCGGUAUGAGAGUCGCACGUUGCCUUAUGUUUUGGUUGAUGGGCAGGAGGAUGCUGUUAUGAUUAGCAAGAAGGUUUGAGGUGAGGGGUGGUUGGAAUGGCUUUGGCGAUGGAUGCGUGAGGUGAAGGGGAGAUAUAGUUCCUAAUGGAUUUGUUGCAUGUUCCCGCUGUGAGGACGGCGUUCGAUCACGCUGUUCGAGCUCUUCUUGCGAUCGACACCUGUCGUUAUGUCGUUAUGUUUCCUGGAACAUCUCCUAUUUGGCGAGUCCAUUUCUGUUGCACGGGGUGGUCAAUAUGAAUGGAAAGCUUUGUGCCUUCCAUGAAAGUCAGUCGAUGAAACGAUGCGUGCAUAAGCUGGA